CUAAAACCCGUUAUAGUGUAGCUAAUUGAAAGUAUAUUGCAAAACAUUAACUCUUUUUUCAAUCUGAAGUCCCUAAAAUAUUUUAGAAGCAUUUGAAAAUGCAGCUCCUAUCCUUUCCCAUGUUAAAAAAAAAUGUUUUCACGCACAGAGCAAUUCUCUCAAAGAGUUCCGUCAAGGCGAAUUUUUAUUCGUUCAAAACAACUCACAGAGAACAUUGCACUUCCAGCAGAAGUUCCAAAAAAGUUCCGUUUUUGUGUUGUAGCGUUGAAAUUAUUGCGUAAAUUAUGCGCACCAAGCUAAUCACAGUGUCAGUAUUCAAAGUGCAAUAAAAUUUUCAAUCGGAAACGACUAGCAGGUUGUAAACAUUCCAACAUUUUGUUGGUGGUGCUCAAACUCCAUCAUUCCACUAUACACACGACGCAGACAGCAGAGAAUAUUGGGGAAAAAUGGAUCAGCGCGAUCGUCAGCAGAUCCAACUAAACAUGGGUCAACUGAUCCAGCAUACCAACUAUCGGGUCCUGAUGGAGGAAUGCGUUCGCCGACGAAUGCUGUCCGAAGUGAUGAAAGCGAUUAUCGAGGAUCGCUACCGGGACGAGGCUACGCAGCAUAAGAAGCUUUUCGAAAAGAUUACCAAGCGGGGACCGAUGGCGUUCCUGACCUUGCUGGACAUAUGCCAACACAACUUCCCGAUUGCAUACGAAUUGCUCAAGAACGGAGGCGGUUCAUCACUCUAUCAAAGAAAUCCCGAAUACAAAUCUUUAUAUCGUCCGAAUCGUGUGCGCUCUGUUAGUGCCGGAGAUUACAUCAAUUAUGUCAACAGUGCUGAAAUCGUGCGCCAAAGAUUGGGCAAUCUGUCGAUCGGAUCCCAAUCACUUGCCGAGGAGGAUGACACCAAGAAUAAUAACGAUACGGUUGACGAAACUGGCGAAACGGGCGGCGAAAAGCGGCUACUGCAAGAGUUUCGAGAGCCAGUGCGAAGCCAGUAUCAGGUUGAGCUGGCUGUACGACGUCAAAAUCAUCGAAUUUUGGAGGCGUACGAGAUGAGAAAACGCAAUCGGGGAGUAGUUUUCAUCGUGAACGUUAUUACCUACAUCAACGAGACGCACCCUACGCGAAACGGCGCCGAAGCAGACAAGGAUAAUUUGGUGUCGCUGUUCCAGCAGCUGGGCUUCACCGUGUUCUACUACGAGGAUCUUACAAGUGAU